CCUAUUUAUGGAAUCAUUCAGUCUUGAGUUUAAUUACUCAUCAACUAUAACGUAAUUUGAAGUGAGUGAGCCGUUCUGUAUCACGUGAUCAUUAACUGACAAGAUUGUGAGCUCUAAUCUUCAGUACUUCAGUCAACGCUGAGCUACUGGAUGAUAAUAUUCUGUUGUUAAGCCGUCAUUCUGAUUUAAGCUUAUUACAGACGUUGGGUUCAGACUACUGAGUAUCAUUUUGUGAAUAUGUCUUUUGCUGGAAAAGUUGUCUUGAUCACUGGGGCCAGUUCUGGCAUUGGAGCAGCGACUGCAAUCCACUUUUCACGACUUGGAGCUUCCCUGUCUAUCACAGGAAGAAAUUAUGAAAAUUUAAAAAGUGUAGCCGACAAGUGUGGCGAGCCUAAACCAUUUCUAAUAACUGGAGAACUAACAAAUGAAAGUGAUACAAAGAAUAUUCUUGAUUCAACAAUAAAACAUUAUGGAAAACUUGAUGUUCUCGUCAACAAUGCUGGAGUCUUGGAAUCUGGUUCGAUUGAAAAUACUAGCCUGGAGCAGUUUGAUCGGAUAUUCAACAUUAAUGUGCGAUCUAUGUAUCACUUGACAAUGUUGGCUGUACCUCACUUGAUUGAAACUAAAGGCAAUAUCGUUAACGUAUCGAGUGUGAAUGGAAUCAGAGCUUUUUCGGGAGUUUUAUCAUAUUGUAUGAGUAAAGCUGCGGUGGAUCAAUUCACACGAUGCAUUGCUUUGGAGCUUGCAGAGAAACAGGUACGUGUAAAUUCUGUUAAUCCUGGGGUCACAAUAACAAACAUACACAAAAGAAGUGGUAUGGCAGAAGAGCAGCUGAAGGCCUUUUUCGAGCGCAGUAAAACUACUCAUGCUCUUGGAAGACCUGGAGAAGCGACCGAAGUUGCCAGUGCAAUUGCUUUUCUGGCUAGCAGCGAUGCCAGUUUCAUUACUGGUGUCACAAUACCAGUUGAUGGUGGCAGGCAUGCUAUGUGCCCUCGAUAAAUCAAAGACAAAUAUGUUGGUGAUGGUAUAAUCGAAAGAAUAUGUGAUUGUAUAAAGUUUUCUGUAAACAACCAAUCUGAGUGAAGUUCAUUUUAUACAUUUUUCAAUGAUUGAUUGAAA